GGAAGUAGACAGCGGCGAAUCAUCUCGCAGCGCUUGGACACUCUUGGGCUUACAGACCAAGCAGCUGUCAAUGCACAGCGCCGAGUGUCACGACUAACAAGGGGCUUUGAGGAAGGACGACGGCUUAAAAAUGCAGCUCAGCGCCGACUUCUGUUGUUUACCACAUAGUCGAGUCAGGUCUCAGAACGUUAACAUCUAUCGCUGAACAAACGAGCUGAGAAGUUGUGAGGCUUUUUUUUGUCCACUACUGUCGUCUGAGUGUUGUCUGUUCGGUUACUGUCCAUCCGACAGAACUAGUCCAGACAUGAGUACCGUCAAUCUGAUUUUUUGGGACCAGUUGCAGGCUGGCAGCUCCGACGUGGACUGGUGCGAGGGCAAUUACCUAAUUUACCCCAGCAUCGCCGAAUUUUACAACACGAUCAGCAACAUUUUGUUUUUUGUUUUGCCGCCCAUAUUAAUGUGCUUGUUCCGCCAAUAUGCAACACAUUUCAACAGUGGGAUUUACCUCAUAUGGAUUCUACUGGUUGUGGUUGGUAUCGGAUCGACGUACUUCCACGCCACGCUCAGCUUUCUCGGCCAGAUGCUGGACGAGCUCGCCAUCUUAUGGGUGCUCAUGUGUGCCAUCGCCAUGUGGUUUCCCAAGAGAUAUCUGCCCAGGAUGUUCAGGAGGGAUCGGUCGAGGUUCAAAGUGGUCAUCGCCAUCCUGUCAGGGAUCACCACAGGGCUGGCCUUCGUGAAGCCUGUCGUCAACUCGGUGUCACUAAUGACACUGGGCAUCCCCUGCACCGUACUCCUCAUUACUGAGCUUAAAAGGUGUGAAAACCCACGAGUGUUCAAGCUGGGUCUGAUCUCAGGGAUCUGGUGGGCACUGGCUCUGCUUUGCUGGAUCAGUGACAGGAUAUUCUGUGAGAUGUGGUCAUCUGUCAAUUUUCCCUACUUGCACUGUGCUUGGCACAUCCUCAUUUGUCUGGCUUCCUACUUGGGUUGCGUUUGCUUCGCCUACUUUGACGUUGCGACUGAGGCCCCGGAGCGAGGGCCCGUCAUCAUGUUCUGGCCCAACGAGAAGUGGGCCUUCAUCGGCGUGCCCUACAUUUCCUUUCUCUGUGUCCACAAGAAGUCUGCGGUCAAGGUGACUUAAGGCGCCCCGACUCCGCUGGUUGCACUUCUGACACUUUCUCGCCACGAUGCGGCUCCGCUGACACUUGAGCUCACCGUGUCGGGGCACCUUUACGCCAACGGUGAGGAUUUAUCGGUUCCUCCUUCCUUCCCCGUUUCAUUACAUGUCAGCGUUUAUGCAACUGUGUCAAAGAACAAAAAGUGUUAAAAAUUAUUCUAACAUGACGCCAAAAGAGCGACUGUUCAAACGCCACAGUAUCAAAGCCAGGAAAUCUUUACAGUGUUCCAAACCUAAUCUCAGGCUUUACAUUAUGACACCAUGUCAGUAUUAUGCACUUCUGUGAUUUUAAGAGGAAGAUUUUGUACAUUUUAUAGUAACUAAAAAAAAGAAAGAUUAUAAAGUAUUGUAUUUCCUAUAUAAGGACAAGUAUAGCAUCUCAUAGGUGCAGUCUGGUCAUCAUUAAAGCAUAUUUAAAAACAAUAAGUCACUGGAUCCAUUAACUGUGAUUAAUGCAUUAAAGCGUCAUGUUAUCUUGCUUAGCUCAUCUUUCUAGGCUCAAUUAAUCAACAACUUGGUUCACACGAUGUUGUCGUGUUACACACAAAGCCUUAUGUGUUUUAGAUGCAUAUUGGAUUCACACUGUUAGACCCGCCCCCUUUGUGGAAGGUAGUUUUUGCUUAAAACGCAAGCUUCUUUCUGAAAUGGGUGUGCUAUAUUUUGCUGCUAGCAUGCCAAUGUGUUCUUUCAAGAUAAUCUUUGAGAAAUGCGUUUAAUGUACUGAGUGUGUGUGUGUAUGUGUGUGUGUAUAUACAUAUAUUCUCAACUAACAAUGUGAUUAUGCCAUUAUUUUCUGAGGAUCAUAUCAUUUGUAUGUUGUUGAAUUAUAUAUUGGCCAAAACCCAAAGUAGAAAGACCCGAAUUGAAUGUGAAAUCAAAAUGUAUUGAAAAAAAGAUUGACUUUUCAAGUAAAUAAUUACAUAUUUUGCACAAAAUUAAGAAUUGUUCUUAAUGCACACCGCAAUGAGAAUUAUGUACUUAUGAACUAUGCUUCCACCCUACAGCGUAUAAUGGGGAAGUUUUCCCAACUUAUAAUUAUUAUUUUUCAUCCAAACAUCUCAACUCAGUGUUAUUUAUUCCCGGAUCAGUAUUUUCGAUGUGCUAAAUAUAAUCAGAGCUCUGAACGCUGUGCAGAAGGCCUUAAUCAAACCGGAUAACGAACUACAGAACAAGGUUACACAAUGUUGUUGUGUAACGUAUCUGAUGCUGUUUUUCCUCAGGUGAUAUGCAGUGUGAUGAAUGUGUUGGAUAGCAAAAGGAAAUCAGGCCUAGGUCACAGCAGGAGAACCUUUUUCUUUUCACCACGUCUUCUGUGGUAUGUUUUAUUUAGAUAGAAAUGACAUUGUGUGUCGAAAUUAAAAGGGAAGAAUAUUAGUAGUUGUGCAGCUAAACGCUAACCCUAAAAAACAAGUUUCACCAAAGCGUUUCACCGCAAACCAUUGUUUUAAAUGUACUUGUAAACUGCCUCAAGCUGCGUUAACUGGUAUUGUUUUACUCCUGUCCUCCUGCUGAGGCUUCAAGGGACUCAACCUACUAAAAUUUCUAGUGCAUACAUGAUGGGUCAAGUAAAGAAUCAUGACUUAGAAAGUAAAACAUAACUUUUCAUGAGUUUCUACACAAUUUUGUUGAAUCCCAAAAAAUAUAUAUAGUGUUUGUGUGUGUGUGUGUGUGU